AUGUCGAUGGACCUGGAUGCCCCGAUGCCCAUUGCGGGCAACCAACAGCCUGUUGCUGCGACUAUCCUGUGUUGCAACUGCGGUGCCCCUAUUGAUGGAACAUCUUCGGCCGGUGCGCUUUGCCAGGACUGUGUCAAAUUGACCGUGGACGUUUCCCAAGGAAUUCAGCGCGAGGCCGUUCUUCACAUUUGCAAAGACUGUGAGCGCUGGUUGCAACCACCCACCAGCUGGGUCAGCGCCGCUCCCGAAUCGAAGGAACUGCUCGCCCUCUGUUUGCGCAAACUUCGAGGUCUAAACCGAGUCCGGAUCAUAGACGCAGGGUUUAUCUGGACCGAACCCCACUCGAGACGUAUCAAAGUGAAGAUCACUAUCCAGCAAGAGGCUUUUCAGGGUACCAUUAUACAACAAACAUUCGAGGUGGAAUAUGUGGUCGCUACUCAACAAUGUCCUGAAUGUGCCAAGUCGUACACUCACAACACAUGGCAAGCGUCGGUGCAGGUGCGACAGAAGGUGCCUCACAAGCGGACGUUCCUUUACCUCGAGCAGCUCAUUCUCAAGAAUAACGCUCACCAAAAUACGGUCAACAUCAAGGAAGCUAAGGACGGAUUGGAUUUCUACUACGCGCAGCGGAACCAUGCAGAGAAGAUGGUUGAAUUCUUGUCAUCUGUCGCCCCAUGCAAGACGAAGAAAUCGCAACAGCUGAUUUCGAUGGAUGUGCACACUUCCAACAAGUCCUACAAGUUUACGUUCUCCAUUGAGUUGGUGCCUAUUUGCAAGGACGACCUGGUGGCUCUCCCAAUCAAGCUGGCCAAGCAAAUGGGUAACAUCUCGCCCUUGACGCUUUGCCACCGUGUGGGCACGGCCGUCAACCUCAUGGACCCCAGCACUCUCCAAACAGCAGAAGUCCCAACAGGCACCUACUGGCGCUCGCCGUUCAACACCCUCGCAGAUGUAACGGAGCUGGUUGAAUUCAUCAUCAUGGACAUCGAGCCUGUCGGCCGCUCAAACGGACGAUACCACCUGGCAGAGGCAACCGUUGCGCGCGCCUCGGACCUGGGCUCGAAUGACCAGACCUACUUCUGCCGCACCCACCUCGGCGGUAUCUUUCACGUCGGUGACAGCGCGCUGGGAUACCACUUGACCGGAACCAACUUCAACGACCCCAACUUCGAAGCCAUCGAGAACAGCAGCCAAUACAGCUCCACAAUUCCCGACGUUAUUCUCGUCAAGAAGCAUUACGCCCGCAAGAAGAACAAGAAGACCCGCAGCUGGCGUCUCAAGCGUAUGGCUCGCGAGUACGAAGAGGAGGCACUUGCGCAGAGCAACCAGCCCACGAACCGCAAGCAGGAACAGGAGCGCGAGAAACUCGAAGCCGACUUUGAAAUGUUCUUGCGGGAUGUUGAGGAGGACCAGGAACUGCGUGGUACCCUCGAUCUCUACAAGAACAGGAAGAAUCCUCGGCCCAAUGACGGUGACGGUAUGGAUGAGGAUAGUGAGAGUGACGAUGAGGCGCCUAAGAUCAACAUGGAUGAGUUGCUUGAUGACUUUGACGAGUUGAAUAUGGAUGACCAUGAAUAA